AUGAACAGCUUCCUCCUCCUCGUGACCAUCAGUCUCCUGGUUGCAGUUCAGAUACAAACAGGAGUCUUGGGAGACAAUGGUACCAAGGCGAGCCCCACUACUGCUAGUGGUUCCCGCACCACCCUCGUCACCACCAAAAAAACCCCUGGGAAACCCCCAAAGAGUGGGGCCUCAUCACUCGUCGAUGUGGGUGCCUGCAGUUUCUUCUUUUUCACCAAUACCUUAAUGAGCCUCUUCUACCUUGGCUGA